AUGCUUCGACAACUUAUGAUAUCUUUGCUGAUUUCGGCUGUAUCAGCUAUUUGUAAUCCACCAUGCAUGAAUGGUGGAACCUGCAAAGUAGUUGAGGGUGUUGCCACGUGUGACUGUACUAGAACUGCCUACUCCGGCACUUCCUGUGAAACUGUUCAGUGCGUCAUUGAAUGCAACCCGAGAGGAAUCUGUCAAAUAAAAAAAAACUCAAAGUGUGAGUUUAUAGAAAACUCGAGUGAAACUGAGCAUACACGACAAAGACGGUUCUCUGACCACCAAGCUACUGGCGGAAUUGGCAAUAACCCAAACUUGAGACAGUUAUUUUUUACAAAAUCAAUCCCAUGUAACAACGUGUUGAGGUGUGGGGGCAGAGAUGUUCCUGCUAUAGUAUCAACGACGACGACAACCGCGGUGAAGUGCUGCAUCAUUUGUUUGAGGAACCACCCACCUUGCACUUCGAUUUCCUUCGAAAAAUCAACGAUGAUUUGUAGAAUUUGGCCUUUUUGGGGCCUCCCCGAUCGUCAAAGCAGAAACACAGACUUUUAUUCAAUCAGCACAGAGUAUAGGGACUGCAGCCAGAUCGCUGCUAAUCUACCCAGAGCGACCUCUGGCACUUACCCGGUUACCGAUGGAAGGGCUACUUUUCUUGUGAAGUGCGAAAUCGCGAAUAGUGAAGGAUGGACUGUUUUGCAGAAACGGGAAAAUCAUGCCUUCAACUUUAACAGAACCUGGAAGGAAUAUAAGGUUGGUUUUGGCAACAUCAAUAAGGACUAUUGGAUUGGCAACGACGUCAUCUCCAGAUUGACGGCAGAGGCAACAUACAGUGUCAAAGUUCAGCUAUAUACAGUAGGAGGUGACUUGCUCACAGCAACCUACGAUUCAUUCAAAAUAAUGGACGAAAGUAACAACUAUGAGCUGGAACUAGGAUCACUUAUAGAGAGCAAUACAGGUAACAUAAUCUACAGUGCACAUUAUAACAGUUUCUCAACUUACGACAGAGACAAUGAUCGGGAUACGAACAAUAAUUGUGCCUUAAAAAAUGGUGGUGGUUGGUGGUUUGGUGUAUGCUCGUAUUCAUGCUUUUUAAAUGGAUUGUUCGAUGCAAGCUUUAACUGUAACAUUAAUAGUGAAGAGCAGCUUUUGAGAAGCUCGGUGAUGAUGAUAAAGCGUGCUGUUUAA